AUGGCAUCACAAAGCUCCACAACUACCUCCAAUCAGUUCUUACAGAAAACACCUACUCCACCCUCAGAAAGAUCCCGACCAAAAGCAAGUGCCACAAAAAAGACUCGCAUAACCAAGUUCAACAACCUCAAGAAACACACCCACAACCAUCAACCUACAAACACAUCUGCCAUUGACGGUCAUCAAGACGGCAAGACGGUCAUCAACUUAAGCAGCAAGAACCACAACCAGCAACACAUUGCAGUCCUGGCCAAAGUUUCCCCUACAGGCACACAUUGUACAAACUGUGACGGUAACACUGUGACCUGUGUUGAUGGCGUGUGUCUACCUCGCUGUGUCAGUGUGACGUCAUCUGGAAAGUGUCGGUGUCUGGACUCCAGGUUCUAUGGUUACCAGUGUGAACAUGACUGUCCAGACACCUGUUUCCACUCUCGCUGUCAGAUGGACAACAGCCGUGCAGUGUGUACAGAGGGAUGUGUGGCCGGCAAGAAGGGAGAUAACUGUGACGUGAACUGUCCUACAGCCUGUACACAGUGUGAACGUUAUGGUGGAGGUUGUACAGGACCGUGUAAGAAUCCUCGGUAUUACGGUCCACACUGUAGAACAUCUUGUUCCUCCAGCUGUACAGAUGUAUGUAAUAGGAUCACGGGGGAGUGUGGCAGCUGUGAGCCAGGUUACAUGGGGGACAAGUGUGAUGUUACCUGUCCCCCCAACUGUAGAGAUGGAUGUGAUAAAGACACGGGGGAGUGUGGCAGCUGUGAGCCAGGUUACACAGGGGACAAGUGCGAUGUUACCUGUUCCUCCAACUGUAGAGAUGGAUGUGAUAAGGACACGGGGGAGUGUGACAGCUGUGAGCCAGGUUACACAGGGGACAAGUGCGAUGUUACCUGUUCCUCCAACUGUAGAGAUGGAUGUGAUAAGGACACGGGGGAGUGUGGCAGCUGUGAGCCAGGUUACAGAGGGAAGUACUGUGACAGCUGUGAGCCAGGUUACAGAGGGAAGUACUGUAAUGAUUCAUGUCCAUCACAAUGUACAGAAUGCCAGCAGCACGGUGUGAACUGUAUAGGACAAUGUCACAGAUGGAACUACCACGGAACUGAUUGUACUCUUCAGUGCCCGGUACAAUGUCGUGGAUGCGUCAAGGAGACAGGAUUGUGUGCACAGUGUGCUGAACAGCACUGCCGGGCUGGAUGCGGUGAUCAGUGCACACCUUGUAAAGGAGAAGACUGCCAUAGUCCAACAUGUAAAAUGAUAUGUCCUGCAAACUGCGUCGAGUUUCACUUUUUCAGUAAGACAUGUAAUACACCAUGUAUCAACAAGAACUACUUUGGACAGGCUUGUAACAUCCCCUGUUUUGAUAAAUGUGAUACAUGUGAUAAAGACACUGGAAAAUGUAUAAGUUGUAGACUAGGAUUGAGAGGAGAGUUGUGCGAUGACACAUGCCCUUCUAACUGUACACAGUGUGAGCGCUAUGGGGACAUAUGUAUUGGCGCAUGCCCAAACAGUGGUUACUAUGGACGCGACUGUUCGAUCCAAUGCCCUGUCAGCUGUGAAGGAUGUCACAAGAAGACUGGUCUGUGUAUGAAGUGUGCCGAGGGAUUCAGCAGGACAUACUGCGAUGAAAUAUGUUCUCCGUGUUCAGAGAACACUUGUUACAGAACACCUUGUCGUAAACGUUAG